AAGAUAGCCUUCAGGAUGGAGUUCGAUAGAGUUCAAACCAUCGCUUCUUUGUCAUUUGACAAGGAGGCGAUUCCUGAGGAGUUCAUCAGGCCAGAGAAAGAGCAGCCAGCAAUAACCACAUUUCGUGGUCUAGCCCCUGAUAUUCCAGCCAUUGAUCUCAGUGACCCUGAUCAAGAGAAAUUAGUGGGUUUGAUCGCGGAUGCUAGCAUUCACGAUAAGUUUCAAAAAUUUGUUGGAUUAGGAAUCUCAACUCUUUUUUUCGGUAUACCGCUUAAUAGUAGGGUUAUAAAUUUUCUUGUAUUUCUUGUGCCUAAUGAGGUCCCCGGAUUGCAAAUCUUCAAGGAUGACCAUUGGAUUGAAGCUAAGUAUAUUCCUGAUGCCUUGAUCAUUCACAUUGGUGAUCAAAUUGAGAUCCUUAGCAAUGGUAAGUACAAGGCUGUUUUGCAUCGAACCACGGUGGCUAAAGAUAGGGCAAGAAUGUCAUGGCCAGUUUUCUUGGAGCCACCAGGCGAGCUUGUGGUUGGUCCUCUUCCUCAAUUCAUUAACAAAGACAAUCCUCCAAAGUUCAAGACCAAAAAAUUCAAGGAUUACAUGUACUGUAAACUCAAUAAGCUUCCCCAGUAGUGAGGACUUGGGAGAUGUCACUGCCCAUAAGCCUUCCAUGAAUUUCAUAUGCAUGUAACUUGGUAUUACUUUAUGAGGUCUUGCUUUAGAGAUGCCACUGGAUUUAGCACUCAGAAUAAUGGUGUGCUCUCUGUGAUGAUAAUAUUAUGGACCUGCUAUAUUUAAUUUUAUGGCCAAAACCCUGUUGGGAAUCCUAA